AUGGCGUCUCUUUUCCCGCCCAAUCAUGGUCCCUUAUUGCCCAACUUUUCAAGUCUGCUUGUAAAAGGCCCUUAUCCGAGCGCCUGCCCACUUAAUCUCGCGUUGUCCUUUCCAAAUCCAGAUCGUAGCAUAAUUAUCCUAGCAUGCUCUGGCAGAGAGAAUUCUGGAAAUAGCCUGCGUGCUUCACUGCAAGGGCUCAAAUUGACUGGCAAGAUAUCAGCACAGACAGAGCGGGUGCAGAUCUUUUAUCCUCUUACAGCAGCUCACAUGGCGCUUCUACUCUCUUCCCUUCAAGUUAUUGACACAGACACGCCGUUCCCAUCUGCUGUGCACGAUACAUCUACCAUGACGAAUUCAGCAUACUCCCCUCAUUUGCUCAAACCUCCUAGACCUCUGCUAGUCAUCAUUCACGAGCUUUCGGCAUACUUUACUAACUCAACCCAGCCCUCUUCGACGUCUUCCUCUUACCUUUCACUCUUGGCUCGCGCUUUAUCCGUUACAUCUCGUCUGGGCGCGUCUAUCGCUAUAUUUGACGCGCAUGUUAAUCAUCUCAAGAUGCCUGUACAUCACGACUCAAACCCUCAUUUGGAGCGACUGCAAUCGGUCGCCCCGUUGUUGGAAAACUAUAUUGAACUCAUCCUUGACUUUUCUGAUUCGAACCAGUCCCACGCACAAACAUGUUCAAAUGAUGGAAAUAAGGCGAGAUUCAUCUAA